AUGGCUGAGACAUUUGCCAAUAUGUAUAGCUGGCGGAAGGAGAAAUGUCGGAGGGGAGAGAAACCGACACAGAGAGCAAUUGAGAGGCGGAGACAACGGGCUCGACAGCUGUUGAUAGAGGAUUGGGCAGGUAAGCUUGAAGGAGCCACUGCAGGCUUAAGAGUUGUAGAGGCAUUUUGCCCGGUUCUGUCAGAAUGGGUGAACAGACGACAUGGAGGGCUUACUUAUAGGCUGGUGCAGGUGCUCACCGGACACGGAUGUUUCGGUGAGUACCUGCACAAAAUUGUGGAUCGCGAACCAACGACGGUAUGUCACCAUUGUGGUGCAGGACGAGAUACGGCGCAGCACACUCUUGAGGAAUGUCCGGAGUGGGCAAAUCAGCGUCGGGACUUGAUGGACUCGGUGGGGGAGGAUCUAUCUCUGCCAACAGUGGUGAAGAAGAUGACCGAGAGUGAGAAGGCCUUCGAGGGGAUGACAUCUUUCUGCGAGGGAGUCAGGUCCUUAAAGGAGGAAGCGGAGCGUGAGAGGGAGAGGGAUCCAGAUGCAGAUCCCAAAAGGAAAGGAUCGAGAGGUAGAAGGGGGUGCAGAAGAAGGGCAUAUGGCCGUUUUCCCUAA